UAGUCAUGCAAGGCAACGUAGCAAAGACAGUGCCCAACCAUGUCAGGCAGCUAGCCACACAAGUCGGUCUGCAUUUGAGGCUGAGCCAAAAGGUGAUACUUAAGCGAGGGAAAUGGAAAGAAGAAGGGAAUAUUUCUAGAUCUUACUGUGGACGCCGAUCAAUGCAAGCAGGAUUUUCAAUAUACUUUGGACAUCAUCAGCGCUCUUCUACUGCUCCGUGGUUAAAUGAGUGCCCUCGACCAACACAAGCCGCGAGAUGGAACUUUCAAGUUGCGGGGAUGCGAGUGCAGUCAACUUCUACUUGGAGAUUUCCUGGGUAACAGCGCCUCGUCUUCCCAGCAUUUACAUGAGCAAUCGUCGCGACUCUUCUCCGACGCUAGUCCAAUUGUUGAAAUACUUCUACGCCAAUGGUCAGACAAUCACAUGAAUCACAGUUUAGAGAGUAUCCAUAUCCAUGACUUGGAUGGCCUGGAAAGGGCUUUAUCUAAAAUAGGCUGCGACGGCACCGAUGCUGUAUUUAUCUUUCGACAAAGUUGUACCUGGGGCAGGAUAGAGUGUUCUGAGAGCAUCUUCAGGCGCAUAAUGGAAGCCACUAGAGCAUUUUCGCCACUAUAUGAUUUCGUAUCGGCUUUUGGCUACAAGCUUUCCGCUACGGACGAGAAUCUUGGUUGUUUUCAAGGACAUGUUUCUAAUGUUAGUGACAAGAAAGGGAUUCCAGAAUUCGAGCUGGCAUACAAUGUGCGAUAUGCACACAAGCACGGAAGGCAGCUACGAGACCCGUGGUCUAUCCGGCACUCGGCCAUCUAUCAGAGAUAUGAGCAAAAAACAAACUCGACACACUGGGUAAUCAUUCAACCAUCUGAGUCAUUUUAUUGUCAGCUUAAGCAGUUUCUUCAUCCAAAUCGCACAACUUCAGCACUAGAAACAGCAGCAGUCAUACAUUCGGCAUUCCUGUGGGACGGUGGGAGAAAUUGGAGACAGUACAUCAACUAUCUUGAGAAAGAGCUUUCAAAUUUAGAAGACAAGUCACUCUUAUCCCGCAUCGGUCUUUCUUUGAGGGAAGACUUUUCCAUAUCUUUCUUGGAUGUGCAACGACUACUGGCUCUGCGAAAGAAGAUGCACAAGUGCUCAACGAUUAUGGAUAUUUCGAUGGAUAUCGGCCAAUCACAUGAAUCUUUGUGGCAAAAAGUGCUGGGUAUGCCCGAUCACCCUUCUCUCAACGAUAACCUUGUAUCAUCGAUGGGGAUGUACAAGGCGCGUAUCCAAAAUCACCGGCGGAGCAUUCGGUAUCUUAUUAACUCUUCGUCCGAUAUUUUAGAUCUUACGUCAAAAAUCCUAGUGCACAAAAAUGAGGAGCUCUUGAUUCGAUCAGGACUUGACAUACAGCUCAUGAAUCAGACCACGAACCUGAUUGCAGCAGAGACCAGGGACGAGCAUCGGAAUUCGGUCACCGUACUGAAGUCGACAAAAGAAGACUCUGAAAAAGUGAAGAUUCUUACAUACGUGGCUAUGGUCUAUUUACCAGCCUCUCUCGUAGCAUCCGUCUUUAGCUCCAGCCUCAUUCAAGUUGAUUCGAGUAGCGGAAUCAAGAAUAGGCUUUAUCUGCCGAAAUACUUCUGGCUUUUCCCUCUCUUAUCUAUCGGCUUGCUGGGGGUUACAACUUUAAUACUAGUUAUUCUAUCGUGGUGGCGGCAGUCGAGAAAAUAAGGAGACGGAUAGGUGGCUUAAAGAAGUAAUGUUGACUACAUUGCGACCUGUUGCACAAACGACCACACGGCAAACCUGCAUCAGGAAACCGCGACCGCCGCAUCGGGCAAGACGUGCGCACGGGCCCUGCGCCGCUUUCGCCGGGUACCCCUCUCCAGCUGUCCAAAAUAAGCGACACACCAAAAAAGGGUUAUUUAUUUCGCAAUUUUAUUGCAACUCAACCACA